AUGAAGUUAAAAGCCUUAAUAAUAAUACAAAUUCUAUUUGGAUGGUUUUCUUUUUCUCAUGGAUUUGCUUCUGUUAGUGUUUCAGCAUCAAUAGGAUUGCUAGGAGGGACAGCUGUUUAUUACAUGCUUACUCAAACAAAUAGAGGAACUCUUGGUCAAAUAUUGGCGAGUAGGAGAUGCCCAAUACUCGAGAAUGGAACAAAGGAUAAACUGGUAUAUAUAGAUACGUGCAAUUGGGAUGGAGAAACGAAAACCACAAUGGCUGGAAUAUUGUACUUUUACUCUUUGCUCGUUUCAGAGUUUACAGAUAAAGUUCUAGAUCUUGAUUCCGAAACUCCGAUACUUCCAUGGGGUAAUUUUGACAUUGAAAACGAUCCAAUUAAUGAAGUUGGGAAAAUUAGGGAUUAUCUAACAUCAAUUUCUGGGGGAUUUGUACGCCUUAACAUUACAGAAGUUGAUCCUUGGAAUCUUUAUCCACUUGGAACAGCACGAUUCAUUUCGGAAAAUAGAGAUAAGACAAUUAAUAGUGUGGAAGAGUCUAUUUCCAAUACAAUUAAUAAAGCCUCAAACGCAAUGGAAAGUUCAAAGAAGAAUAAAAAGAAAAAUGAACAAGUUAAAGAAGAGGGGAAAAAACAAAAUAGCAUAGAAGGUGGCCUGUCUGAUAUGACUAGUGUAUCACAUCGCAGAGCAAUUUCAUCUAGGUCUCCAGUACAUGCUAAGAAGAAUAGCGACAAGGUACAUUAUGAAGCAACUCCUUGGACACCAGAAGAUGACACUUCUUGGGGAGAACUUACUGCUAUAUAUAAAUAUUUAGAAGAAAUCAUGAAAAAUAAGUAUGUUGUAUCAAAGGAAAAUGUCACUUACAAAAAUAGAAAGAUUGAAAAACUUGCUCUUGCUUUAAUACUUUACUGGAAAGAAAGGCAAUAUGAUAUUUCAUCAAUAGAUCCAAUUAAUUAUGAUGCAAGCAAAUUCAGGAAGUCUUUUGGAGCUUUUGAAAGAUCUUAUGCAGCAAUUACUGAUAUUGCUUCUUUAGGCCAUGGAAAACGUAACGGAAUCAGAAUUGCGCCUUGGAAAAUGAUUCCUGAUUCUAUGUGGAAAAAUAACCCAUUCCAAUCUUUUGAAAGAGUUGUAUAUGCUGUUUAUUCUGAUGAAAUUAAAAAGAGUAAAUAUAAUUCACUUAAUUGGAAUGUUUAUGAUUACUCAAUUGGAGUAGUACUCAAUACAUUUUCAAGAGAUAUUGGUAUUCAUCAAGUAUUUGGGCAAUAUCAAGAAAAAGUUCAUAAACUUAGUAAAUUAUACAGUUUUAACCCACUUAAAAUCAAAAAGUAUUCACAGGAAAAUGGAUCUUUUGUAGAAGACAAAAAAAGGUCCAGAAAGGAAUCGCAGCCUCAAGUUGAUACAAAAACUCCUAUAGAAAAUGAACACAAAAACCCUGAGUCCAAUACCGAUCAAAUUACUAAUCAAGAUAAGGUUGAAAAUACAAGAGGGUUGUCUGAGGAACCGGAAGCAAACAGUAAUCAACCAGAAGUACAAGAUCAAAGUAAUAAUGACAAGAAAAAAAAUAAGGGUAAAAAAAGAAAGUCAGAUGAGGGUAGAAAUGAAGGUAAAGCAAAGAAAAGAAAGGUAUUUGCAAAAAAAAAAACUGAAUAA